AUUAAUUUUGACAUAUUAUUUUCAGUUGAAUGUGACAUCUCUGUGUAUGAGUAAAAACGAAAGCAUUGGUAAAUAAUAAAUGGUAAAACUUGAAACCUAACUAAAACGGAGGAGAAAUCGUUAGAUUUAUAUAAUGUCCUAUCUAAACUAUCUAUGUAAUAAUCAAGGACCAAAUAAGAGAGAGAAAAUUAUUGGAACAUGCUACACUAUGUGUCCCCAGGAAGAAAUUUGGUUACGUAAACGAGAAAAGCUUAUUCAUAUAUUAGAAGUGGUUGGUGAUAAUUUUAAGCUUGUGAAAAGUUAUAGUCGGUCAGCUGCCGAUGCUAACAUGGCUGUUCCUAGUCUGGUGCGACCCUACAAUGUUCUUAAGAAAACUGUUAAUUAUUUGUUACAUGAAGUGGGUAAACGAACAAAUGUACCAGUAAUAGUAAUUUAUGACUUUAUAAAUGACAGACUAAGAUCAGUGCGUCAAGACAUGACAAUACAAAGAUUGCUUCCUGAACAAUGUGUGGAAUUACUUGAGCCAAUAAUAAGAUUCCAUGUGUAUUUCGCUUACAGAUUAUGUGAAAAACCAAUAAAAGAAUUUGAUCCAGUACUGAACAACAAAUUAUUACUUGAAUGUGUAAAGUGGUUUCUAAGCUGUGCGGAUGAAAUGGACAGACUAAACAGAUGCUUCAAUAUAGAUAAUACAGCACUGAGUUUGAACAUGAUAAAUUUAGAAGAUAGUAAGACUAUGUAUGACAGAGUUCUUGUGGAAAGUUUAUAUAUUUUGUGCAAUAUAGAAAAUAAUCAGCCAUUGGUGCGGUAUCUUGGUUUACCAAGUUAUAUAAAAAGAAAUCCACGAUUAAAGCUUGCCUAUGAGAUUGCAAUAGCUAACCUAAAGAAUGAUUUUAUGAGAGUUUGUAGGCUUUCUCAUGGAUUGUGUCCACUCACCACUUGUGCCUUUGUUAUUUUUUUACCAACAUUGCAAAAAAGAAGUCUACAAAUAAUGAGUUCAGCAUACAACAGCAAACAACUGACGUUACCAACAACAGUAUUACAAGACUGGCUGUUGUUCAACAAUGUUGUUGAUGUCACUGAAUGUUGUAAACUCUAUGGUUUAAAUGUUGAUAACGGAGUACAAUUCAAUAAGAUGUCUUUCAAAUGUGAUAUUGAAGUUCAUAAACCGAAACUAAACAAUCGGCUUACUGGAGAACAAAUUAUAAACUUAGAAGAUGUUUUAACAUAUUAAGAUUAAAUAUCGGGACUUUGAAUCCCGGCUAUGCAAAGGAUUCUAUGCUAUGAAUAGAGUCUCAGACACAGAAAAUACCAAAACAGAUUAAGUUUUAAUAUAAAUAUAUUGGAUUUUUUAUAUGGGAGUAAUACUUAGCGCAGGUUUAGACUGAAUAUCUCCCCUAAGUCAGAAUUGAGUAGAUGAGACUACAAAGAGUAUAAAUUUCCAUAUAUUACUUUGCUCGUAUAUAUUCAGAUAUAUGUGGUGCAAAUACUUAUUUUUGUAUUAAGAUUUUUCAUAUAUUAUAAUAACCAAGAUCUCAUGUAUGUUUUAUAAUAAAACAAUUUUAUUAA